CUCGUCCGCUUCCGGCCUCGUUGCCUGACCCGGCCCCGCGGUUCCCCCGGGACGAAGCCCUGGGCCGUGGCUCCCUUGGGAAUUUAGAAGCCUGAGGAAGCUCAGUCCUGGUGGUGAGAGAGAGGAUGGAGCUCCUGGACCCAUCCCAGAAAGAGGUGCUGAGAUUCGCAGUCAGCUGCCGCGUCCUGACUCUGGGGCUGCAGGCACUCUUCAACAUAAUCAUCCCAGAUCACCAUGCAGAUGCCUUUUCUCCUCCUCGCCUCGCCCCCUCGGGCUCUGUGGAUCAGCUCGUGGAAGGUCUUCUGGGUGGUCUGUCUCGAUGGGAUGCUGAACACUUCCUGUUUAUUGCUGAGCACGGCUACCUUUAUGAGCACAACUUUGCCUUUUUCCCUGGCUUUCCCUUGGCCCUGCUGAUGGGGACUGAACUGCUGAGACCCUUGCAGGGCCUCUUGAGCCAGCGCAGUUGCCUGCUGGUCUCAGUAGCACUUCUCAACUUGCUUUUCUCCGUGCUGGCUGCAGUGGCACUUCAUGACUUGGGUUGUCUGGUUCUGAACUGUCCUCGGCAGGCCUUGUGUGCAGCGCUGCUCUUCUGCCUCAGCCCUGCCAACGUCUUCCUGGCAGCUGGCUACUCGGAAGCUUUGUUUGCCUUGCUGACGUUCAGCGCCAUGGGGCAGCUGGAGAGGGGCCGUGGCUGGGCUAGUGGGCUGCUCUUCGCUCUUGCUGCUGGGGUGCGCUCCAAUGGGCUGGUGAGCAUCGGCUUCCUCCUGCACUCUCAGUGCAGGGGCUUCUGUUCUUCUCUGGCGGUGCUGAGCCCCUGGAAGCAGCUGGUGAAGCUGAUGGCCUCUAUGUGCUUGGCAGUGCUCACAGUCAGCCUUCCCUUCGCCCUCUUUCAGUAUCGUGCCUACAUCCAGUUCUGUUCACCAGGCUCAGCCCCCUCCAUCCCGGAGCCCUUGCUGCAGCUAGCUGCCGACAAAGGCUACCGACUUGCGGGAGAAAAUGCGCCCCCGUGGUGCUCCUGGGACCUUCCUCUAAUAUACAGCUAUAUUCAGGAUGUCUACUGGAAUGUUGGUCUUCUGAGAUACUAUGAGCUCAGACAGGUGCCCAAUUUUCUACUAGCUACACCAGUGACUGUACUGGUUGUAUGGGCAACCUGGACAUAUGUGACCACCCACCCUUGGCUCUGCCUUACACUUGGGCUGCAAAGAACCAAGGACAGGGAGAACCUGGAGAAGCCCCACCGUGGCUUCCUCAGUCCGAAGGUGUUUGUGUACCUGGUCCACGCUGCAGCACUGCUGACCUUUGGAGGUCUGUGCAUGCAUGUUCAGGUUCUCACGCGGUUUUUGGGCUCUUCCACUCCUAUCAUGUACUGGUUUCCAGCUCACCUGCUUCAGGAUCAAGAACCACUGCUGAGGUGUGUGGACACAGCGCCUCGCAAGCCUCUUGAGGACAAUUCCACACCCGGACAGAAGGCCCCCAGAAACUGUCUCAUGAAACUCUUAUGCAAUUGGAAGAGUUGCUCUCCAGUCACAAAAUGCAUUCUAGUCUACUUCCUGACCUACUGGCUUCUAGGACUAAUUCUCCAUUGCAACUUCCUGCCUUGGACUUGACCUGGAGUGUCAAGGAACAGGCUGGAAGCUAAUUUAACCCAGGGUUGGAAGCUCUAAGACACUGGCUGGGACUGCCUGCACACUCCUGGGAGCAUUGUUCAGUAGGAUCUCCGGUCUCUGGAGGCCAGUUAAGAAGGGAAAAUGUGAGCACAGGCGCCCCUUCUCAUCCUGGGUGGGGCAAGUUUAGGGGAGUAACUUCACUGCUCAGUGGAGCUGGCUCAAAUCUCCCUAGACCACAAGUAUCAGGCGAUCUUAAAUCUACUACUGAUCCACGUGUAAGUCUUUGUCUUUUUGUUUUUUGAGAGAGGGUUUCUCUACAUUGCCCUGGCUGUCCUGGAA